AUGACUAAGGCACAGUUGCUGCUCAUCCACCUCAAAACUCAAAGAAACCCUCCUGUAGAAUUUCAGCCACGAGUUGUAGAGCUGCAGUACUGCAAUAGCAAUGGCAAUUGGAAUGGCAAUUGGAAUGGCAAUUGGAAUGGCAACGGCAAUGGCAACUGGAAUGGCCAAUGGAAUGGCAAUUGGAAUGGCAACGGCAAUGGCAACUGGAAUGGCCAAUGGAAUGGCAUUGGCAAUGGCAACUGGAACAACAAUUGGAAUGGCAUCGGCAAUGGCAACUGGAACAACAACUGGAAUGGCAAUGGCAAUGACAACUGGAACAACAAUUGGAAUGGCAUUGGCAAUGACAUCUGGAACAACGAUUGGAAUGGGAAUGGCAACUGGAAGGGCAAUUGGAAUGGCAUUGGCAAUGGCAACUGGAAGAACAAUUGGAAUGGCAAUGGCAUCUGGAACAACAAUUGGAACGGCAAUGGCAAUUGGAACGGCAAUUGGAAUGGCACUGGUCAGUGGGAUAACAACCAUGAAAUCAUCACUGAUGGAGAUUCUCACAUCUCCAUCUCUGGUGGGGACUCUCAAAUCUCCAUCUCUGGUGUCUCACAGAGCAUAAGCAUCAAUAGCCAAACACAAAAGGCAAUUAUAGAGCAAAAGAGCAACCAUUUGUCCUGGAAAACCAUCUGGAACUACAACACGGGUGUCAUUGCAACAAAAGUGAUGCCAGAAAGAACGUGCUACAUUUCCACCAUGAACAGGAGUGAGAUGCCUACCUUUGCUGCACUUGUCAAAGUGGCUGCAGAGAGGAGGAACCUGUUCGGUUUUGGAAGACCUACCAAGAAGAUCACCUUUGUCACCAAUGGACUGGUCAACAACCUCCAGUCUUAUGGAUCAGAUGUCUUCUCUAUGUGCAGUGGAGUCACCACCUACAUGGCUUAUGAAGUUCAUGUACCCCAAUACAAUCAACAAUCAUGCAUUGCACUUAAUGUCUUGAGACUUGUGGAGCUGAAGUACUGCAGUGGUAAUGGACAGUCUCAGCAGACGGAUAACAACUGCCAGGUCUCUUUUGGUGCUGUUUUCCAAAAUCUGACUUUCAGUAGCCGAACACGUGUGGUGGUUAUUGAACAAAGGAGCGACCACUUCUCAUGGAAAACCAUCUGGAACUACAACACGGGUAUCAUUGCAACCAAAUUGGUGCAACAGAACACCUGCUACAUUUCUGUCAUGAACAGAAAUGAGAUGCCCAGCUUUGAAAAUCUGGUCCAACUGGCUUCACAGAACAGGAACCAGAUCGGUCUUGGAAGACCUACCAAGAAAAUCACCUUUGUCACCAAUGGAUUGGUCAACAACCUCAACUCCUACGGAACUGAAAUCACGGCUAUGUGCACUGGAGUCACCACCUACAUGGCUUAUGAAGUUCACACUUUGCAAGGACCUCAGGUGAAUCUGGAAUCAUGCAUUACCCUAGAUGCCCUGAGAAUUGUGGAGCUGAAGUACUGCAAUGGAAAUGGCAAUUGGAACGGCAAUAUGCCGUCUCAGCAGAUUCCCGGCGACAUCUUCAACAACACGCAAGGCAGCAUCUUCAACAACACGCAAGUCAUCAUUGGGGGCCAGUCCCAAGUUGUGACCAUCAACAGGCAAUGGCGUGUGGCAGUCAUUGAGCAACGAAGCUUCAGUGGGUCCUGGAAAACCAUCUGGAACUACAACACGGGCGUCAUUGCAACCAAAGUCACGCAACAGAACACCUGCUACAUUUCCAUCAUGAACAAAAAUGAGAUGCCCAGCUUCAAUAAUCUGGCCCGCCUGGCACAAGACAGCAGGAACCAGAUCGGCCUUGGAAGACCUACCAAGAAGAUCACCUUUGUCACCAAUGGACUGGUCAGCAACCUCCAGUCUUAUGGAUCAGAUGUCUUCUCUAUGUGCAGUGGAGUCACCACCUACAUGGCUUAUGAAGUUCAUGGACUCCAAGUCAAUCUGGGAUCAUGCAUUACCCUUGAUGUCCUGAGAGUCGUGGAUCUGAAGUACUGCACUGGCAAUGGCAAUGGACAAUCUCAGCAGAUUCCCGGCGACAUCUUCAACAACACGCAAGGCAGCAUCUUCAACAACACGCAAGUCAUCAUUGGGGGCCAGUCCCAAGUUGUGACCAUCAACAGGCAAUGGCGUGUGGCAGUCAUUGAGCAACGAAGCUUCAGUGGGUCCUGGAAAACCAUCUGGAACUACAACACGGGCGUCAUUGCAACCAAAGUCACGCAACAGAACACCUGCUACAUUUCCAUCAUGAACAAAAAUGAGAUGCCCAGCUUCAAUAAUCUGGCCCGCCUGGCACAAGACAGCAGGAACCAGAUCGGCCUUGGAAGACCUACCAAGAAGAUCACCUUUGUCACCAAUGGACUGGUCAGCAACCUCCAGUCUUAUGGAUCAGAUGUCUUCUCUAUGUGCAGUGGAGUCACCACCUACAUGGCUUAUGAAGUUCAUGGACUCCAAGUCAAUCUGGGAUCAUGCAUUACCCUUGAUGUCCUGAGAGUCGUGGAUCUGAAGUACUGCACUGGCAAUGGCAAUGGACAAUCUCAGCAGAUUCCCGGCGACAUCUUCAACAACACGCAAGGCAGCAUCUUCAACAACACGCAAGUCAUCAUUGGGGGCCAGUCCCAAGUUGUGACCAUCAACAGGCAAUGGCGUGUGGCAGUCAUUGAGCAACGAAGCUUCAGUGGGUCCUGGAAAACCAUCUGGAACUACAACACGGGCGUCAUUGCAACCAAAGUCACGCAACAGAACACCUGCUACAUUUCCAUCAUGAACAAAAAUGAGAUGCCCAGCUUCAAUAAUCUGGCCCGCCUGGCACAAGACAGCAGGAACCAGAUCGGCCUUGGAAGACCUACCAAGAAGAUCACCUUUGUCACCAAUGGACUGGUCAGCAACCUCCAGUCUUAUGGAUCAGAUGUCUUCUCUAUGUGCAGUGGAGUCACCACCUACAUGGCUUAUGAAGUUCAUGGACUCCAAGUCAAUCUGGGAUCAUGCAUUACCCUUGAUGUCCUGAGAGUCGUGGAUCUGAAGUACUGCACUGGCAAUGGCAAUGGACAAUCUCAGCAGAUUCCCGGCGACAUCUUCAACAACACGCAAGGCAGCAUCUUCAACAACACGCAAGUCAUCAUUGGGGGCCAGUCCCAAGUUGUGACCAUCAACAGGCAAUGGCGUGUGGCAGUCAUUGAGCAACGAAGCUUCAGUGGGUCCUGGAAAACCAUCUGGAACUACAACACGGGCGUCAUUGCAACCAAAGUCACGCAACAGAACACCUGCUACAUUUCCAUCAUGAACAAAAAUGAGAUGCCCAGCUUCAAUAAUCUGGCCCGCCUGGCACAAGACAGCAGGAACCAGAUCGGCCUUGGAAGACCUACCAAGAAGAUCACCUUUGUCACCAAUGGACUGGUCAGCAACCUCCAGUCUUAUGGAUCAGAUGUCUUCUCUAUGUGCAGUGGAGUCACCACCUACAUGGCUUAUGAAGUUCAUGGACUCCAAGUCAAUCUGGGAUCAUGCAUUACCCUUGAUGUCCUGAGAGUCGUGGAUCUGAAGUACUGCACUGGCAAUGGCAAUGGACAAUCUCAGCAGAUUCCCGGCGACAUCUUCAACAACACGCAAGGCAGCAUCUUCAACAACACGCAAGUCAUCAUUGGGGGCCAGUCCCAAGUUGUGACCAUCAACAGGCAAUGGCGUGUGGCAGUCAUUGAGCAACGAAGCUUCAGUGGGUCCUGGAAAACCAUCUGGAACUACAACACGGGCGUCAUUGCAACCAAAGUCACGCAACAGAACACCUGCUACAUUUCCAUCAUGAACAAAAAUGAGAUGCCCAGCUUCAAUAAUCUGGCCCGCCUGGCACAAGACAGCAGGAACCAGAUCGGCCUUGGAAGACCUACCAAGAAGAUCACCUUUGUCACCAAUGGACUGGUCAGCAACCUCCAGUCUUAUGGAUCAGAUGUCUUCUCUAUGUGCAGUGGAGUCACCACCUACAUGGCUUAUGAAGUUCAUGGACUCCAAGUCAAUCUGGGAUCAUGCAUUACCCUUGAUGUCCUGAGAGUCGUGGAUCUGAAGUACUGCACUGGCAAUGGCAAUGGACAAUCUCAGCAGAUUCCCGGCGACAUCUUCAACAACACGCAAGGCAGCAUCUUCAACAACACGCAAGUCAUCAUUGGGGGCCAGUCCCAAGUUGUGACCAUCAACAGGCAAUGGCGUGUGGCAGUCAUUGAGCAACGAAGCUUCAGUGGGUCCUGGAAAACCAUCUGGAACUACAACACGGGCGUCAUUGCAACCAAAGUCACGCAACAGAACACCUGCUACAUUUCCAUCAUGAACAAAAAUGAGAUGCCCAGCUUCAAUAAUCUGGCCCGCCUGGCACAAGACAGCAGGAACCAGAUCGGCCUUGGAAGACCUACCAAGAAGAUCACCUUUGUCACCAAUGGACUGGUCAGCAACCUCCAGUCUUAUGGAUCAGAUGUCUUCUCUAUGUGCAGUGGAGUCACCACCUACAUGGCUUAUGAAGUUCAUGGACUCCAAGUCAAUCUGGGAUCAUGCAUUACCCUUGAUGUCCUGAGAGUCGUGGAUCUGAAGUACUGCACUGGCAAUGGCAAUGGACAAUCUCAGCAGAUUCCCGGCGACAUCUUCAACAACACGCAAGGCAGCAUCUUCAACAACACGCAAGUCAUCAUUGGGGGCCAGUCCCAAGUUGUGACCAUCAACAGGCAAUGGCGUGUGGCAGUCAUUGAGCAACGAAGCUUCAGUGGGUCCUGGAAAACCAUCUGGAACUACAACACGGGCGUCAUUGCAACCAAAGUCACGCAACAGAACACCUGCUACAUUUCCAUCAUGAACAAAAAUGAGAUGCCCAGCUUCAAUAAUCUGGCCCGCCUGGCACAAGACAGCAGGAACCAGAUCGGCCUUGGAAGACCUACCAAGAAGAUCACCUUUGUCACCAAUGGACUGGUCAGCAACCUCCAGUCUUAUGGAUCAGAUGUCUUCUCUAUGUGCAGUGGAGUCACCACCUACAUGGCUUAUGAAGUUCAUGGACUCCAAGUCAAUCUGGGAUCAUGCAUUACCCUUGAUGUCCUGAGAGUCGUGGAUCUGAAGUACUGCACUGGCAAUGGCAAUGGACAAUCUCAGCAGAUUCCUGGUGGUGAGAGCAACACAGAAGUCAUCAUUGGGGGCCAGUCCCAAGUUGUGACCAUCAACAGGCAAUGGCGUGUGGCAGUCAUUGAGAAAAAGGCCGGCAUCGGAUCCUGGAAAACCAUCUGGAACUACAACACGGGUGUCAUUGCAACCAAAGUCACACAACAGAACACCUGCUACAUUUCCAUCGUGAACAAAAAGGAGAUGCCCAGCUUCAAUAAUCUGGCCCACCUGGCACAAGAGAGCAGGAAAGAAGAAGGAGGCUGCACCAUUCCUUUCCUCCUCUUCUCUUUCUCUGAGGAUGUUGAGCUCUGGAGCUUGCUGGACAAACCCUGA